GGCGGAGGAGGGGAAAUGUUGGCGGUGCCGGGCCCCGCGGCGCGGAAGGAGCCGGGCGGCGCUGUGUGAGCGGCGAUUUAAGGCCUCACGCGGGGGAGAGGCGGCAGUGAGCAUGGAGGGCGGUCGUGCCCCGCGAGGGAGCGCCUGCUGAGCGCGUUCUCAUCAACCUUCUUAUGUGAGCUGCACUGUGUGUCUGAAGCAAACCUUCAAUAAUGAGUGGUGCAGCGUUGGGCCUUGAGAUCGUGUUUGUCUUUUUUCUGGCCUUAUUCCUACUGCAUCGGUAUGGAGACUUCAAGAAACAGCAUAGGCUGGUGAUCAUUGCAACAUUACUGGCUUGGUAUCUCUGCUUUCUAAUUGUAUUUAUACUGCCUUUGGAUGUCAGUACGACAAUUUAUAAUAGAUGCAAGCUUGCUGUUAACUCCAGCCCUGCAGAAAGUAAUAGCUCCUUUGUUACUCUUGCUCCAAGCAAGCAACAAUGUUUCAAACCAUGGAGUUAUAUCCCUAAUGGAAUUAUGCCAAUUUUCUGGCGUGUUGUAUACUGGACAUCACAGUUUUUAACAUGGAUUCUACUACCUUUCAUGCAGUCGUAUGCUAGGUCAGGAGGGUUCUCCAUUACUGGAAAGAUUAAAACUGCACUGAUUGAGAAUGCAAUCUAUUAUGGCACUUACCUGCUGAUUUUUGGAGCAUUUUUAAUAUACGUUGCUGUAAACCCAAAGUUCAAUUUACAAUGGAAUCAACUUCAGACUAUUGGGAUAGCUGCUGCAAACACAUGGGGUCUCUUUCUUCUUGUGUUGCUUUUGGGCUAUGGUCUGGUGGAAAUUCCACGCUCUCACUGGAAUGGGGCUAAGAGGGGCUAUCUUCUCAUGAAGACCUAUUUCAAAGCUGCCAAACUGAUGACUGAAAAAGCAGAUGCAGAGGAGAAUUUGGAGGAUAUUAUGGAGUGUCCUACUGAGUACCAGGAAAGAAUGGGUAGGAACAUGGAUGAUUAUGAGGAUUUUGAUGAAAGACAGAACAGUUAUCCAAGUGAAAAAAGUUUGGUCAAACUUCACAAGCAGGUGAUUUACUCAGUACAAAGGCAUCGUCGUACACAGGUCCAGUGGCAAAUUCUUUUAGAACAAGCCUUCUACCUGGAAGAUGUGGCAAAAAAUGAAACUAGUGCAACUCGACAGUUUGUUCAUACUUUUCAGUCCCAGGAACCAGAGAAUAAAAUUAUCCAGUAUUUCUACACACCAACUGUUGAAUGGUACUGGGAGUGUCUUCUAAGACCAUGGUUUUACAGGGUUCUUGCUGUUGUUUUGGCUGCGUUCUCUGUAAUUGUCGUGUGGUCGGAGUGCACGUUUUUCAGCACAAGGCCAGUUUUAUCACUAUUUGCAGUUUUCAUACAGCUGGCAGAAAAGACAUACAAUUACAUAUAUAUAGAGAUGGCUUGUUUUCUUACCAUCUUUUUCCUCAGUAUCUGUGUUUAUUCCACUGUCUUCAGAAUCCGUGUAUUUAACUAUUACUACUUAGCUUCACAUCAUCAAACAGAUGCAUACAGUCUCCUUUUCAGUGGCAUGUUAUUUUGCCGUCUUACUCCACCAUUAUGCUUGAACUUUUUGGGCUUGACCCAUAUGGAUGCAACAAUUUCUCACACUGAUGCUCAACCAACUGCUUACACAUCAAUAAUGGGAUCAAUGAAAGUGCUGUCCUUCAUUGCAGACGGAUUCUAUAUAUAUUACCCAAUGCUUGUUGUCAUUCUCUGUAUUGCCACAUACUUUAGUUUAGGAACUCGUUGCUUGAAUCUUCUGGGUUUCCAGCAGUUCAUGGGGGACAGUGAAAUGACCUCUGAUUUGAUUGAUGAAGGAAAAGAGUUAAUCCGAAGAGAGAAAAGAAGACGGCAAAGGCAGGAAGAAGGUGAAAACAGAAGAAGGGAAUGGAAAGAGCGGUAUGGAAAUAGAGAGGAUUCCACUAGAAACAGGGUUGUCCACACAGAGCAAAAAGAAUCCAGCUUCUCAGAGACCAAUACUAAUAGACCACUAUCGAAGUACACCCGUACAAAUGGUAGGACUGAAAGAGACAGAAUAGAACUUCUUCAGGAUGCAGAACCUUUGGAUUUUAAUGCAGACUCAAUUAAUGAUGACCCUCUUGAAUCGGACUCUGGAAGGUACCAGCCUGGUGGAAGAUAUCUGUCAAUGUCUCGAAGCAGAAUAUUUGAGGAUGUCUAAUCUAAAUCUAAGGAAAAAUCAUUGGCAAUCUAUUUCCUAUUCUGAGCUUGGAAAACAUUGCAUUUGUGUUUAUUGCUGAACAAGAAAAGACCAUUUUUGAUUUAUUUAAAAAAAAAUGAAGAAACAGCUAUAUUUUGGAAAUGUACCUGUAUGGUAACUUUACCAUUUAUGACAAAAAUAUUCUUCUUCUAUUUUAGAUGUUAUUGUGCAUCCAUAUGAGCUUUUUGUAAUGACCAAAAGGAGAGAACUAAUAAUUAAAUUAGUAGAGAAUAAAUUUCAUAAAAAAGGCUCAACUUGAAUUACAGUAUUAAACUUGAGAAUGAACAUUUUCUGGAAGAAUUUUUUUUUUCUUUUUUUGCAUAGAAAAAGAUUCUAUGAGAAAAUCUUGAUGCAUCUGAAGUGCAGUUACAUCAAUUACAAUAGUGAACACUUUCUAAAUUUCCUGUUUAAACAUUUAUGACCAGUCCAAAAUUCACAGAUUUAGUCUUCUUUUGGCUUCAGUGGUCUUUAGAUCAGACCCUAUAUAAGCAGGAGUGAAUGACAGUCUAUUUUCAUAAAUCAUGCUGGAAUUAGUUUUUGUACAUAUAUCUGUCAAGAAAGGUAAUAUUUUCUUUUCCCCUGUUCAAGGCCAGCCUGGAUGGGGCCCUGGGCAAGUGGGUUGCAACUGGGCCUGGGCAAGGGGUUGGGUUGUCCUUAUGGUCCAACCCAAGCCAUUCUAGGAUUCUGUGUGUGAUUAGAUGAAUAUGGAUGAUGGUUUCACUGCCAUAUGAACGUAUGUGCAAUAGCAAGGAAAUGUUAUCAAAGACAUGAUGUCUGCUUAAUAUUUUUACAGUUCUAAAUGUUAAAAAAUCUUGGCACACAAAUAUUUUGGUUUUUAAAAAAAAAAACAUAAAAAAUCUAAAGUGAAUAAUGAGUUAAAUUCUGAAAAAAAUUAUUUGCAUAGACUUCAGACACAGCUUAAAAAUUUUGAAUGUUUCUUUAGAAGAAGGGAAAUAAAUAGCAUGACUAGAUAAUGAUGAACACUUCUAAUACCCCAAAUGCCCUUUUUGCAUUAUGUAUCAGUUUUUAAGGUGCCUGUAUUUUGCAGUAAGUUGUUGCAAAAAGAAUAAAUGCAUAUUCAUUUAAAUGCAAUUCA